AUGUCAACGAUCGAGAAAUCCAUUCAAUGGAUUAACAUAUUUAAGAAGGAAUGGAUCGAAGGAAACGUUAAAAAUAUAAUAUUAAGAAAAAAAUUAAUAGAAAAAAUUGUUGAAUUAGAGCUAAUAUUAGAAAAUGGAGUUAGAGAUUUAGAAGAACAACAAAAACGAUCGCAGUUAUUGGUUGAGGGUAAUGAAACAAAUGAGAAAAAACCAUCGACAUCGUCAAUCACAAUUUCUACCACCAAAGCAAGAGCUGAUAAAAGAAAAUAUCGAAGUUCAAGAUCAACUAGAAAUCGUAAAGAAAAAUAUUCAAAAUCGAAAAUAAUCAAAAACCAAACAAAUAGUGAAACUUUUACUGAAGAUUGCGUCAUUCGAAUUAAACGCAUUCCUGAUGCACUUGCCGAAAGCUCAUUUCCAGUUAUCAAUACAACUGACCCAACAAUUCAUCGUCAAUCAACUCAACCCAGUAAAAAUGGAUCGUCGAGAAUUAGUGAAGAAACGAGAAAAAAAAAACUAAAAUCAACAACAAAGUCUGACACAAGUAACUACAAUACUGUCAAAUUAAAACCAAAACAAAAGCAACGUAUUGAGAACAAAUCGCCUGUGAAAUCACCUUUGUCAUUAACGGGAAAUCAAAGUCAAGAAGCUCACUUAGCAAAAGGAGUCAAAAAAGCAAAAACACAUUCGAGAAAACUUCUCUGUUCACAUUCACGUAUUGCUGAUGACAUGUUAGGUUGUUCUACUAAUCAGACUGGUGAAACAGAACGCUUUAUUGGUCCAAAUGGUAUUUUAAAAAAUGGAAGAAAACUCUCCGACAUGUCAUUGAUAGAACCAGAGAAGUCAGUUAUCGUUAUAUCGUCAAACGUGAUUGAUGAAAUGCCGACGCUGUCUGAAAAAGAAAAGGACCAAAAAAAUGAUGUUUCUCCUUCUACAGUGACGACUACUUCAAGCGAUGGUGUUGAUUUAGAGGGAGAAUUAUCAGAUGCACAUUUGAAAAAAAACAAUCAAAUCUCAAUAUCAGUACAUGGGCAAUCAAGAAAACGUUCAAACGAUGGUAAAAUUAAAAAGCAAAUAGAAAAAGAUUUGGAUAUUGGUGAAACAAAUGUAAAAGUUGAUGAGCAAGAAGAACAUGUUGACAUAUCAGAUGAUGAUGAUAAUUCAGAUACACAACGUCUUAAAAGAGCGAAAACAACUGAAGAUGAUGUGAAUGAAAAACGCAUAGAUGAAGAAUCAACACAUUCGUUUGAUGAAUUGCUAGCAAAAAUGAUAGCUGAACAACAGCCGCAAAUACCAUCAUCAACAGAACAAGAUAAUCAACUAGAACGGGGAGAGAAUCAUAGUGAAGCGCUAUUAGUUCCAACAACGAUGAUUAAUUCAUUAUCAACAUCAUCAUAUUUAGCCAUGAAAGACGGUGAGAUUUUAACAACAUUAUCACAAUUCAAUACAUAUCUUCCAGAUAAUAUAGUACCAGAUUAUGAUGGGAAUAAAGAAGAUAAUUUAAUAGACGCAAGUGUGCUGUACGUGUAUCUGGAGAAUGAAAAUGAACCAGUUGCGAAAAAACGACGACGAAAUUCUGAUGGAGAUAGUUCACCAAUUAAAAGAAAACCUAUACGUGGAUUAGCUAGAAAACAAUUAACUGUGUCUUCUACAUCAGAUGAUGAUGAUGAUGAUGAUGACAAUAAUAACAAAAAUAAUAUUUUGGAAAACAAUAAAUUAUUAAAUAAGAAAAAACGUGUGGUUGUUAAACGUUCAUCUCCAUCCAGUGACAGUGAGUCAUCCGAUAAUAAAAAGCAAAGAUUAAGAAAAGGAACGAUGGAUAAUGAACGACGAUCGGUAUUAAAAUUAACUCAUAAAAAAUCAACACCAAAAAAGAAGAUUAAAAUUGCCAAUGAUGUAAUUAACUUGGAUACAGCAACGAUUCAUGUUCAAGAGAAUAGUAUUAAUGAUAAUAAUGAUGAAACAACAUCUGAGAAUGAGAAUAAUGAUGAUAAAGAUGAUGAUGAUGAAUUAUCAACGAAAAAAGGUCGAAAAAAUAUUCGAAAAAUAAUCAAAGAUAAACAAUUACAAGAACGAACAAAAUCAGCUGUUGAAGCUGAGAAAGAACGACGAAGAAGAAUUGAACAAAAACAAAAAGAAUAUAAUAAAAUAUUGUUAAAUCAAUCUGGUUAUUUAGAACAAAAUAAAGAUAAUAUGAAUAAAAAAUUGAUAUUAGAAAUGAAUAAAGAAACAAAUGAAUCAUUAAUUGAACUUGAUCGAAAAUUAGUGCAAAGUAUGAAACAACAUCAGUUAGAAGGCGUACAAUUCCUAUGGAACAAUUUGUUUGAAUCGCUAGCUGCUAUCAAUGACAAACGACAUAAAACACAUCACGGAAAUGGGGCAUUAUUGGCUCAUUGUAUGGGCUUAGGCAAAACUUUACAAGUUAUAUCGUUUAUUCAUACACUAUUUAAACAUGAAACACUCACUCACGUUCGAACAUGUGUCAUUUUGUGUCCAAUUAAUGCUGCCUUAAAUUGGAGUACCGAAUUUGAACAUUGGCUUGAAAAUAUUGAACCAAAAAUUAAUGUUUAUCAAAUAACAUCCAUGAAACUAAAUGCACGUAUUCCACAAUUAAAUUAUUGGAUGGAAAAUGGUGGUGUAGUAAUCAUGGGUUACGAAAUGUAUCGUCGUUUAGCUACAGGCAUUGGUAUUAGAAAAAAACAAUCAAAAUUAAAAGCAUAUGAAUGUUUGGUAGAUCCAGGACCGGAUAUUAUCGUGUGUGAUGAAGGACACAUAUUAAAAAAUUCUCAAACAGCUCUCGCUAAAGUUGUUAACCAAGUAAAAACAUCUCGUCGAAUUGUCUUAACAGGUACACCAUUACAAAAUAAUUUAAUCGAAUAUUUUUGUAUGGUAAAUUUUAUUAAACCAAAUUUACUUGGUACACAACAAGAAUUUGUUAAUCGUUUUGUUAAUCCAAUACAAAAUGGUCAACAUCGUGAUAGUAGUAUGGAUGAUGUUAAAAUUAUGAAACGUCGUGCUUGUGUUUUACAUGACUUGUUAACUGGUUGUAUUGAUAGACGUGACUAUUCUUUAUUAAAAACUUAUCUACCACCCAAAUUUGAAUACAUAAUUACAAUACGAAUGUGUGAUCUUCAACAAACAUUAUACGAAAUGUAUUUGAAACGUGAAAUUGAUGAACAAUCAACAUCAGCUGUAUCAAAAAAAAAUUUUCAAAGUACAAAAUUAUUUGCAGAUUAUCAGUACUUAAUGAAGAUAUGGACUCAUCCGUUUAUAUUGAGACCACAUUUUAUUGAUCAAUAUCGAAGACGUUUGAUGAAUGAUUUGUUUGAGGAUGAUGAAGAAGAACCUGAAGCAAUAUUCACUGAUGAAGAAGUAGAAGAAAAUGGAAGAAAACGGAAGAAAAAGAAAUCAUCGAAGAAACAAACAGAUGAUAUUGAAGAAAUAGAAUAUUUUGAUACUGAUAUAACAACAGAUAAUCAAGGUUUUAUGAUAGAUAAUAUUAACGAUAGUGUUGAAACGCAUUCAAACAAUAAGUCAGUAACAAAUGUUAAUUCAAAACAAAAAAAACGAAAAAGAUCAUCGUCUACGACAACAUCUAUAUCUUCAUUAUCUACAACUUCAUCGGAUAUUGGAGAAAUUGAUCUUCAGAACAUAAAUAAUAAUCAAGAAUCAGAUGAAAAUAGCGGAGACGAAAUUGUCGUUCGUCGAACAACACGUAGUCGCGCUACAAUCGAGAAUAAGUCAGCAACGAAAAAGAGAUCAACAAUGAUGAAUAUCAAAAAUUCGGAUAUAUUUGAUACUGGCGUUGAUGAUGAUACAAUUGUUAUUGAUCCAGAAAUGAAUGGUAGUGGCACAGAUGUUGAUGAAAAAACAGAACAAGAAAAAGAAAUCGAUCCAUGGAUGAAUGAAAUGCGUGAACAGUGGUGGUUUCCAUUUGUAGAAGAUAACAAUGAUGAGUUCAAUUUACAAUUAAGUGGAAAAAUGACACUUUUAAAAUCAAUUUUAGAAAAAUGUUAUGAUAUUGGUGAUAAAAUUUUGUUAUUUAGUAGAAGUUUAUAUACAUUGAAUUAUAUUGAAAAAUUUUUAAAACAUAUUCAUAUGGAAAAUGAAAAAAUUUAUAAUGAAAAAUUAGAUAAACGUCAACAACUUAUCAAAUUAUUAGAAAACAAUAAUAAUACUGAAAUGGAACGUAGACAAAAUGAAAAUUGUACAACAACAACAAUAACAACAGGUAUUGGUCGAAUACUCGAAGAUAUACCAGAAUCCAUACAAUGGAUAAAAGAUAAUGAUUAUUUUCGUAUGGACGGUUCAACAGAUGUUCAAUUACGUAAACGUUAUGCAAGUUUAUUCAAUGAUGAAACAAAUUCGAGAGCAAGAUUAUUUUUAAUAUCAACAUUGGCUGGCGGAAUAGGUAUUAAUUUGGUUGGAUCAAAUCGUGUUAUUGUCUUUGAUGCAUCAUGGAAUCCAAGUGUUGAUAUCCAAGCAAUUUUCCGAUCGUAUCGUUUUGGCCAAACGAAGCCUGUUUAUAUCUAUCGUUUUUUAGCACAUGGUACAAUGGAAGAAAAGAUUUAUCAACGACAAGUUGUCAAACAAUCAUUAUCACAACGUGUUAUUGAUGAUCAUCAAUUGACAAGACAUUUUUCUGAAGCUGAUAUCAAAGAAUUAUACAAUUUCACUCCAGAAUCAUUGCCACCCGUCAAAUCUGAACAAGAAAUAAAAAAUGAUGUCAAUUUUCCUCUACCAAAGGAUCAUCUAUUAACCGAUUUAUUAUAUGAACAUAAUCAAUGGAUACAUAGUUAUCAUAGUCAUGAUUCAUUAUUAGAAAAUCGUUUAGAUGAAGGUUUAAGUGCUGAUGAGAAAAAAAUUGCCAUUGAAGAAUAUGAAAAUUUACAAAAACAUCCAGAUCAUUAUCAACAACGUCUUACACAACAACAUUUAGAUCAAAAAUGUUUAAAUGAAAUGAUACAACGUCAAUAUAUGCCUAUGAUGGCAACAAGUCAAAAUCCAAGUUUAUUAGCAGCAACAACAACUUCAAUAACUAAUCCAUAUUUAUUAACAGCACAUGAUAUAUUUCAACAAUUACUCGGAAACAUACGAGAAAAUGAGCGUGUAAAAUUUGAUAUGGAAAAACUUGCACAUUAUGCAUAUAAUCAAGCAAUUCAACUCAAACAUGAACGACAAAUACAUUUACAAAAUAAUAGUAAUAUACCAGCAAGACAACAAGAAACAGAUCAUCAAUUAAAAACACAACGAUAUGAUGUAAAUGGAACUAUCGAUUUAUCAUCUAAAACUGUACAUCCACAAAACUCAACGAAUAACGAUAAUAAUGAUGUUAUUAUGUUAGACAAUAGUGAUGAUGAGGAUGUUACAAGUAUAGCAGUAUAA